AUGCGUCGGCCAGGGUUUGUUUCCUUAGACUACACGCUACAUGAUCUAUACAAUCUUGAUGGCGGAAGUGCUUCGAAGAUUGUACUAGUUUUUUUCCCUCCAUUCACGGAGAAUCCACGACUCGGCUCUGGUGGUCCCCCGAGGGAGCGCUUUGUUUAUGAUUCCUUUUGGGAACUUGGAUCCAGGCAGCACGAAAAUUCAGCUCUGGACCAACAAGUGCUUCCUCAACGAUAUGGCUACACUGCAGGAAAAAUUCCUGUCAUUGGCAUCGACUCACAGAAACGCGGCAGCUACUGCGCCUCAGAGCACAAUGACUACAGUACUUCGAAUCUCUUUCGCUCCUUUCAGAAGAUACACGAAAGCCAAAGGCCAAUUGGUAAAAUAGUUCGGUGCUUCGCCGAUAUCACAGUUCCCCCUGAGGGCCGGAUAUCCGUCAUCGCACCCAGCGAUAAUUUCUCUCAUUUACUGCACACUAUCGAUCCUGAUAUCCACUACCGACUGGCCUCCAAACGGGGGUUGGCAAUGUCCAAUUUGCCUAUGCCCAAAACCAUGGUUGUCGAUCCCACCUGGAACGCAGACCUGGUCUCAGACGAGGCAUACUUUCAAACAGACAUACAGCGAAUGGUAAACUGUAUCGAUGCCCAUCCAGUCCCGUACAUCCUAAAGUUGCCCCAGACAAUAUCUGGAAUGGGAACAUUCAAGGUCUUUAACGAAAAAGACAAAGAGGCUCUUCGGGCACGGCUUUGUCCAUGGUUACAACAUAUGUUGAGACGAAUAAAUAAAUCUAACCAACACCUCUUCCCUGGCUCACUAGUGGUCCAGGAGUUUAUACGGGGUUCGACAAUGUCGCUGUCAAUAUUUGUCACAAAAAAGGGCCGUGCAGUUUUUGUUACAUGUUCUGAUCAGAUAUUCAAUGAGAAGGGCGAGUGGACUGGCGGAACCGUGUCCUAUAAGAGGCAGAGUUCACUCGAAAAGGAAUACUCAGAAGUUGCGACAAAGGUAGCGCAAUUCCUACACGAUAACGGUUAUUAUGGACCAGCAGGAGCAGAUGUGUUGACCGACGAGUCCGGAAACAAGUAUGUUGUGGAUCUCAAUGUUCGCCUUACCGGGACGUAUCAUUUCGGACCCCUCCAAGGACACUUUACCCAGAGAGGUCUUUGGGAAGCAAUGAUGUUAAAGUACUACUUUCUAUGCUCUCAGGAAGUAUUCGAGAAGGCUUUCGAGGAGGAGUUGCAGAACGGCCGCGUCAUAAUCAUAGGAUGGGCGCAGGAUGAGACCAAGGACCGUAGCUACGGUGCAAUCACUCUAGGGGCCGAGGAUGAGUUGUCGCUGCAACAGCUGGCCCAACGUAUCCAGAGCUAUGAGAGCCAGGAGUGA